UAUCGUUUUUGGUGGGUCGGUCAUUUAUUAAACUGUAUUUUAUUUACAUAAAUAAAGAAAACUAGUAAACUAUUUUCAAACUUAAAAAUAAUUUCAUGAAUUAUAUUAAAUUGUUGUCUGUCAGUUUGUUGUUAUAUCGGCCAAUAACAGCUAAAACGUCGGUCAUGGAUGUUUUAAGACCUUUUCAGAAUCUUUCAUGGUGCAAACCAGACUGGUGCUUCCCUAGUAUGAGUAAGGAGACAAAUGAAUUGUUAAGACAGUGCAUAGAUCUGCCUAAACCUGAGUUAAGUGACAAUGUUGAAGAAAUCAUCGAGAAAAGCAAGGAAUUUCCCAUACCAUUCCCCAUUGAAACUAUCAGAUUACAGAAACUCAAAACAAAGAGGCCACUAGAUAAUUUGAAGAGGAACAUAGUGUCCACAUACCCAGUAAUACAUGAGAGGGUGCUUCUGCUUAUAACACAUUUCCUUAUUUACAAAAGAGAAUUUGGCACUAGUAUAGAGAAAGCAUUUUACAAAGAUGUGACAGUACCAAUGUUCAUUGAUAGGAUAUUAAAAAAGCGUGCAGUCGUGUUUAUGGGGGAGGAUGACCAUUACAAGCUACUCAGUGGUGAGACCGCUUCCGAAGGAUGGGAAGCGGUCGGCACUCUUCAUCAGAAACCGCCGCUUGUGUUGGAGAACUGCCUCAGUUAUGAUGAGAUGAAACUGUCCGCCAUGGUGUUUGUGAGUGGGCAUACGGAGUGCAUCAACAAUGGUGCACGGCAUAAUGUUGGGAUGGAGGUGGGAGAGGAUGCAGAGGACAACGCCGUUAUCAUUGGUAUUAUCGGCACUCGUUUCGAAAGAAGAGCUCGAAUGGAUUGUGAAGACAUUUUAAUCACCGAACAACAGAACACGUGGGAGAACGGGUACGGCGAAGAAGUGACGCCCACUACAUGUUUUAAUGUGCUGAAAACGACGUAUGUUAGGAACAACCAAUCGGCCAAACAUAUGUGGAGGCAGAUAUGGUCCGAGUUUUAUCAGGUACACAGUUACACAUAUGAGGAACUAACCUCCUAUGUUAAUAUAGAAGAUAAAAGUGAAGACAAAAGGUAUAUAGAUAGAUAUAUAAAGUGUCCCGGCACAGAUAAUAUAUUCGACAAUGAGGUGUACUACAAGCGGCUCAGUGUAUUGGUUGAAACGACGUUACUAGAGGCGGACUACAGAGCGAAAGAAGCUGGCAAGGAUGCGUUCGUGAACAUCAUCGGAGCUGGUCUCGGCGUCUGGAAGGUGUCAGUCCACCAGCCCGACGUGUACAUCCUUACGUUCCUGGAACGGAUACGUUCCCUCCUAAAGAAGGACAUGUUGAACCACGUAUCCGACGUUAACUUCGCGUAUAUCCGUCCCACUAAUGGGGUCCUUGCGCUGUUCACGUCAGACACGGAUACGGAGAAACGGAUAUUCCUCGAGUGCAAACGACAUCCGCGGGGCGGGAUCAACGUACAGUUGGAGAAUAGGGAACCGUCUUCGAAGCUGACUGGGGAACACGAGGGGAAGUUACUUGUGAUGACGUAUCCGUGGGAUGGGAAUGCGCAUCCUGGGAAUGAGUUCUGGUUGGGAAGCUUGGACGGGUCUGGAGACCCAGCCGCGGCCUGUUCCACCCAAGUGGCCGAGUUACACAACGCCCACAUCAACCCGUCCGUCAGCGCUGCUAACGUCCGCGUGGCUGGCCGACUCGGUCUACGCACACUGGCUGAGUACUGCCACGAACUCAGCACGUAAGGCUCGCUGUAUUCGCUGCUAUAUACAAUUAUAUACUAGAAUUAAAACGUGUCACGGAAAGGUUACACACGCUGAAAUCUGAGACAACAAAGUACUUAUUGGUAACUCUCUUGAAAGUUUAAAAUAAAUUAUGUUAUAAAUGCAUACUAACAUUAUAAACUAAGUAUUAGACCUAACUUCAUCCGCAUGGCAGCGAUAUUUUGAUUGACUAGGGCAAAAUAACCUAUGUCCUUCGUCCUACGUCCCAAUCAUAUGAAAUUACGGCUUUACCACUAAAUCGAUCAUGUGACUGUAAAAUGUUUGUUUAUGGAUUUCGGAUUGUUAUACCAUUUUCGUUGACAGUUUAUAUACAACUGCAUACCUACUACAAUUAAAUAUCAAACAAAGCUAAAAUUUGUCGGAGUACAUUGCAGCAAGAUUUAUAAACAAAGAAUGAAAUUGAGUAAUAAUUUUGUACGUCCGAAAUCGCAGCGUGUCUAUCAGCGCCAUCUAGCGUGCGACACAGCAACUCAGUAGUUUGUCGUCAACGAUAGAUGUCGUUAAAAACGAUUCGCUUGCGACAUAUAUUUAGAGCAAUAGGGUGUGCUUGUUAAUUACAUAGAAAUCAUUAAAAUACCACCGGUGAAAUUAAUGAAGACUUUUUCAAAGAAAAAAGACAAAAAAUUUAAACACAUAAGUUAAUGAUUUCGAUUGUAAAUAUUGAUAAUGACACAAAAUAUAACAUCUGUACUACUAGAUUAGCUUUUUCAAGAUAAAGUAUUUAAAUUUAAUAUACAAGUAAAUUGUUCGCGUGUAUGGUGAAAUCAAAAAGUAUGAAGUAGCAAAAAAUACUGGACUAUGUAGGUUUUGAAAAUCUUGAAUUUUCUAGUUCUUUUAUUUAUACAUUGUUUUACGCCCCUCAAUAAAAUGAAUGUUUUAAAUAUAAAACAAUUACAGUAUGUAUAUAUACCCUAAAUGUAUAAACAAGUUUAAAUGAAUUAUAUACAUAUUUAUGUUAUACAUUAUUACUUAUUUGAUGUAGACAAAUACGGAGGAUUGUAUCUAGCAAGUUAAUCAUAAUACAUAAAUGCGAUUGUAAUAGCAAUACUUGUAAAUUAUCAAUUCUGCCCCCGUAGACAAGUGUUGCCACUUGUCUAUUAUAUAACGUGUCUAUUGGUAGACACGUUAUCGCUACUGCAUGCAUGAAGCCAGACAGCGACUGUUUUAUUUAGGAAAAUCCCCGGCUACGCUAUCAGUAUACAUUAGCGGGGUACCAAUGAAGAGUGAUAGGGGAAGACGAAGUCAGUUCAGUCGACUUACCGUGACAUAUUGACCCGGCAAAACAUAUCGUUCUUAAUAAAAUACUGACUUGAAAUGGUAAAAUGGGGUUUGGUGAAUGAAAACAUACCUUCUCAAUAGACAAUUAUUAUGUUCUAAGCAUAAAUAAUAAUAAAUACCAUUAAACGCGCGUUAUCAAACUCUUAAGAGAGAUUUUGCCUCACUCUGCGUGUUUUACCGCUUGUACAACGGACUGUGUUCAGAGGAAUUGUUCAAUAUGAUGCCCACGGCCACCUUCUACCAUCGUACAGCUCGCCGUCGACACAGAGUUCACCCUCAUACCUUAGAGACUAGAUGAUCGCAUACAGCGCGAUUUGAAAGAAAGAAAUGUUUCCUCCCACGAACGCUCAAGUUAUGCAGUGAGCUCCCUGUCGACUUUUUUCCAAGAGAUUGCAGCAUGGGAUUAUUUACAAUAGCGAUAAAGGGAAUUCUAUAGGGUCGGUUCAGGUCAACGCACGCGUAAUGCCCCUGAUAUUGCAGGCGUUAAUAGAGUUCGGUAACCGCUUACUGUCAGGUGGGCCGUAUGCUUGUUUGCCAUCUCAGUGGUAUAAAAAAACAGCGCGGCAUUGACAGUUUUGUACUGUACUCAUGAAACAACAAUUAGGAAUUAGCUUAGAAUUGGGAUUGUUUCCCAAUAGUUUGCAUUGGCAAGUUACACUAAUGUACAUCUAUCGGUACAAUUUGGAACUAUUAUAUAGCUAGAUUCGAGAGUGCGGAGCCUCUCAAUUCCAUUAUAGAUCUAUUGAGAUUCGUUUCAAGAAUAACCCCACAGGUCAGUAUUUUAUUAAGAGAUAUUAGUGUAAUGUACUAAACGCGGAAUUUAAAAAGUAACUAUUACAUAAAAUUGUCACAAAAUGAGCUUUAUAGCGUCCAUAUUGUUUAGAGCGGUUGAUGGCUUUAUAGCUGUAAAUAUUUAUAUUAGGGGGCAUUCAAGUAUUAUGUAAUACAAUUUAUGAAGUUUUUUGACCCUCCCUCCACUCUAUAUUUGUCUGUGUCCCCUCCCCCUCCCUAAACAUUACGUAACACCCAAGUGGCCAUUUUCAAAUAAUAUUAACUGAUACUGACAACGAAAAUAAAAAUGACAUACAAUACAGUCGAGGGAUUCCCCUAAAUCAUAAACGAAAAGGGUUGCUAGUUUGGGAGAUUUUAAUUCCCUUAUUUUUUAUUUAAAUAAAAAAAAAUUACAUAACGCGUUUAUCGUACCCCACUCUUGCACCUGAAACGCAUCGUAACCUUUUACAAGACUCCCCUCCCCCUCUUCACAAAUAGCAUUGCGUAAUACUUGAACGUUCCCUAACUGAUGCAUUGAUGUACAAAAAAUCAGAGACUAAAGAGUGACACUGCAAAUUGUACAAUUAAUUCGAACCAACAACCGAUGUCAUGUUUGUACUCAAAGAUGGAGAUGAACAAAAUGCUAAUACAAAUCUUUGUAGAAACAAAAAGAUUUAAACAUGGAGUUUCAUAUUAACAGUAUUUACGUUUAUUGUUAUGGAUAAUUAAAUUCUUCUUCUUUAUUGCACACAAAAGGUUAUUGAAAUGUAAAACAAACAUAAUAGUGCACAAAGGCGAGCUUAUCUCCAAUAGAGAUUUCUUCCAGCAGACCCAAUAUGAGAAAACUGACAGUUCAUUAGUAGUUACAGUCAUACAUGUGUACCAAUCGACUUAAAUGUUAUAGUUAAAAAUAAAUAUAUAUAUAUAUAUAUAUAUAUAUAUAUAUAUAUAUAUAUAUAUAUAUAUAUAUAUAUAUAUAUAUAUAUAUUACACAAAUAUAAUAAGUAUGUACAUCAGCAUUGUGAGAUGUAAUAAUUCUUCAGACAUGAUUUGAAAAUUCCAAUGCUUGGGCUAUUUCUAAUUUUCUUAAAUAUUUUUAAAUUAAAUCACCACAUAAUUGCAUACAGUGUACUCUCCAGUCUCCAGUAUCGUGACUGCAAAAUCUAUAUCUGUGAUAUAAUACCAUAAGUAAAUAAAUGCACUACACUCAA